CCUGUCACUUCUCUUGCUCGGUGCCAGGUUCUGCUGUCCCCCAGGCUGAUGCCCGUCCUGCCCAGCCAGCGCCUGGAAUGGAGUGAGUCUAUGAACCCCCUCCGGAUCAGCGUCGGUGGCCUUCCUGUCCUAGCUUCCAUGACUAAGGCUGCUGACCCCCGCUUCCGACUGCGCUGGAAGGCCAUCCUGGUGUCCUCGCUCAGCGUCGCCUUGGUGCUGCUCCUGGUCUGCUUUCACCGCUCGGCCACGGGGAGGCCAGCCCCAGCCAACGUCCACAACUGGCGGCUCAGCCUGCUGCCCGGGGACAGGUACAAUGACACUUACCCGCUGUCCCCGCCCCAGAGGAACUCGGAAGGGGUGCGCUACAGGAUUGGGGUUAUUGCCGACCUGGACACCGGCUCCAAGGGCCCGCAGGAGCACACCUGGUUCAGUUACCUGAAGAAGGGCUACCUGACCCUGUCGGCCAGCGGGGACAGAGUGACGGUGGAGUGGGACCGGGCCGACAAUCUGCUGGAGUCGCAUUUGGCUGAAAAGGGGAGAGGCAUGGAGCUCUCGGAACUGGUCGUCUUCAACGGGAAGCUGUAUGCAGUGGACGACCGGACGGGAGUGAUCUACCUGAUCGAGGGUACCACGGUGGUGCCCUGGGUGAUCCUAUCGGAUGGGGAUGGCACCGUGGGUAAAGGCUUUAAAGCAGAGUGGCUGGCAGUGAAGGAUGAACACCUGUACGUGGGCGGCCUGGGGAAGGAGUGGACCACGACCACCGGAGAGGUGAUGAAUGAGAACCCCGAGUGGGUGAAGGUGGUCGGCUCCAAGGGGGACGUGGGCCAUGAGAACUGGGUUUCCAACUACAAGGCCCUGAGGGCAGCGGCUGGCAUCAGCCCCCCAGGUUACCUGAUCCAUGAGUCCGCCGCCUGGAGAGAGACGCUGCAGCGCUGGUUCUUCCUGCCACGCCGGGCUAGCCAGGAGCGCUACGAUGAGAAGGCCGAUGAGCACCGGGGCACCAACCUGCUGCUGCGGGCCACACAGGACUUCGGCAACAUCGCCGUCAGCCACGUGGGGGCCGCGGUCCCAACCCACGGCUUCUCCUCCUUCAAAUUCAUCCCCGACACUGACGACCAGCUCAUCGUGGCCCUGAAAUCAGAGGAGGACAAUGGCAAGAUAGCCACCUACAUCAUGGCCUUCACGUUGGACGGGCGCUUUCUGCUGCCGGAGACCAGGAUCGGGGCCAUGAAAUACGAAGGGAUUGAGUUUAUUUAACAGGGACUCUGUCCUGGUGGGGACGCCGCGGGGUUGGGUGCGCGGGGCUUUGCCUGAGCUUAGUCGCCGUGGGGGGCGUGCCGCUCCUGAGCUGGGCAGGGCAGAUGGCCUGGAUCCCCGUGGGAGUUGGCUCCAGGGCUGGGUCCCAGGCUUCUGCAGUUACCAUGUUGGUGAGUUGCUGCAGCACAUGCACAUGCGGCUUGAAUGUCUGGGCCCUGGCACCUGGUGGUGAAAGGCCAUCACUGCUCCUCUGCAGAGCUGCAAGCCCUUGUCCUGCACCCCAUGGCCCUUCCCAGGCUGCCUUGCAGACCACUGGGUGCUGACAGUGGAGGUCUCCAGGGGCCUUAGCGAAGCUGUGAGGCAGCUGCUCAGAGAGUGUUUCCUUCCUGCCUAGCCAGGGCAAUGGAAUUGCUCAGCAUCUCUGAGACUGGCCUGUGAUUUCCCCUCCCACAGGCAGGGCCCUGCACUGUAGCCUGAUGCUCCUGCUGCUGCUUUAUCCUGGAGUUUCCCCCCAGCACAAAGAGCCUUUGCGGUGCACAGCAGAGUUGGAGCAGCUCAUGCCGACAGGGCCGUGCCCAGUAGGUUGGUGUGUAGCAGCCAGCCCCCAGGUGCUGCUCCUUUGCCUGUGUGGCUGCAGCACGGCCUGGAAAGAGCCUGGAGCAGCUGGGACAGAUGCGCAGGGCCUGGCUGGUUCAGAAGAGAGCCAUGCUACAGCCCAGGCCGUUUAACAGAUUAAAUUAACCAAAGUGAAACACCCCC